CUAUGGACAAUUGUAAUGCUCGGUUUGUUUGCCUGGCUAAUUGCUGGUUUAACUUCAAAUAUCUUGAACUUUGCUUCGUUCCCGGUGGCUACCAUCGUCACGUUAAACUAUGUUGAGAACCUAAGCUUCCCAGCCAUAACGAUUUGUAACUACAACCAAUGGCGUGCAUCAUAUAUCAAAGACUCGGACGCUGAACUACUAAAACUCAUGUUUCCGAGCCUACAGACAUCAGACAGUGAUAUUGAUUGGUCGGAUUAUGAUUUUACGGAACGCAACAUCACGGCCGAUAUCAUCAGAGGAGCUCACCAGAAGGAGGACAUGAUUAUAGAGUGUUCUUGGAAGAAUAUCAGUCCCUGUAGUCAUGAGAAUUUCACGAUGACGAUAACCGACUUCGGUGUCUGCUACACAUUUAACCAACCGUCUGAGAACAGUAAGGCUUUGAUGGUGAAACAGACUGGAAGUGAUUACGGACUAUCACUGCGUUUGAAUGUAGAACAGGGUGAAUACCUCAAUGGAAAUAACAAAGGAGCAGGCUUCAAAAUAUUAACGCAUCCACAAGGGGUGUUUCCAUUCGUCAAACAGCUUGGGUUUGCCGUGUCACCAGGAUUUGAAACAUUGGUCAGUUUGAAAUUUACUAAGCUUAAAAAUCUUCCGGGGCCCUACGAAUUUAAGUGUCUGGAGAAAAAGCUAAAGUACGCAGCCAAAUACACAGUGGAGGCCUGUCAGACGGAAUGUAGAGUGGAUUAUAUCAUCGACAAAUGUGGAUGCAAGAAUUAUAAUAUGCCAGGUAACGUUCGAGUAUGUUAUCCUAAAGAGAUCUACGAAUGUGUGAAGCCAGUUAGCGCAAACUAUACGAGAGAGGGGUUGGUGUGUAAUUGCCCGAUACCAUGUCUACGUGAAGUGUAUCAAUCCAGGGUGUCCAGCGCAUUCUGGCCAGCUCAGCAUAUCACUAAAGAAUUACAGGUGACACUUAAUCAAACAGAGGAACACAUCAGGAAGAAUUAUUUAGAUCUUGUGAUUUACUUCGAAGAACUGAGCUUUGAGGAGAUCAGACAGGUCGCUGCGUACGACGCAUCAACUCUGCAAAGUGACAUUGGAGGUUAUAUGGGACUGCUCCUUGGCGCUAGCGCCAUCACCGUCUGUGAAUUGAUUGAUUUUGUGAUUAUAAACCUGGUCGAUCGUGUCAGACGACGACGGGAGAAGAAAAUGAGAGGACUAUUGGAGAUCAAGGAAAAACAUAUACCUACAUCGCUUGCCUAAACUGAUGUAGUGUCACUAUUUAUUAACGCAUGAUAGAAGCAUAUUUUUGCUAACUCUAUAUGAAAUGGUCAACAUUAUCAGUCUUUCAAUAUAAUAAUAACGAUGUGAUUACGUAUCCCUCAAAUGUUUUGCUCUCAUGCGCAGCAUUAGGGCUCGUAAAGUUAGUGCCUCGUGUUAUCCUACUACCAGUGAUCGUUGUUACAGAUGAAUCAUAUUCCUAGCACCCGACGUAUUCUUUAACGACAAAUUUACUUGAGGAUUACAUUCACUGUUAGCAAUAGAUUAUUACAAUUUUUGCUUAGUAUAUAUAUGUUGAGCUAGUUCGUCCAGAUACGUCUACUGGUAUUGUACAUUUAAGAAAAUAUUAUAAAAAGUUUAAUUAUUCUAUUGGAAGUAUUGACAUGUAAAGUGCCACUUGCCUGAAGGCUCGAAGACGUUUUUGAAGGCAAUAAUGGCAUCUAUAUAUCUAUAACUAUGUCUUCUAAUCAUGCAGCAAGUUGCACAUCAUGACUAAAGGAAGUAGCUGAUUAUUUUUCCAAAACUAAUUUUUAUUCAGUCUCAAAGCACUACUAAUUUUCGUAUCAAAUCAAACCAAUUAAUAAGCAAUUAGCAAAACAAAAAGGAAGAGACCUGUAUAAGUGUAGAAAUACAGUAAAAAGCACCAGAAAAGGAAGCAGGGCAGGAUACAAAUUGACAACCACUUCCUCCAUUUAUGCAUGAGUAAUUGCAUACCGUACACCUUAAAAGACCUAAAUGGAUAACAGUGAUAAUAGAAUAGGAGCUGUUUAAUACAUUUUUAUUCUUUAAUUACUCAAAACAUGGAGGAAAGAAUGAAAUUGUCAGUUACAUUCUGCUUUAUCAUGGCGGGAAGGCUGUUACGGUUUUUACAAUGCAUAGUAGUAGUAUUAGUAGUAAAAAAAUAAUAAUAAAUCUUAUCAGUAUCUUAUCUUACCUUGAGUGGCCCUUAGCCUUAUUUGGGGUGACAGCGUAAGAAAAAAAGCUAAGAACCUGAAGUUGAAAGUAAAAUGUUGACGUCACGAUUAAGAAUAAAGAUUAUGAGAAACAUUAUGUUUACUUUCAGGGUUUUUUUUAUAGGCCUAUGAUAUAUCUAAUUUCGGCAGAGGUCAACUGGUCUAGGUAAGUUGUUGGCGGACCGAUGUACCUUUGCAGUUGUCCACCCUUUUGGCAAAAAGUUGAAAAUAAGCCUACGUAAAAAAGAGGUUUUGGUUGUUGGUGUCAUGUGUGCAGUUCCUUAAAAUAGAAUUAACAGCAAAUCGUAUUCGUAAUAACAAGCCAUAGUGUACAUUUUAAUAUACCAUAUGUCAUUAA